CUCUAAGUUGACGUAAUAUCCGUUGCGUCACGAAGUCGAAUUGAAUGAGCAUGCGCCUUGUCACUUUCGUUGGCUGGCUAGUCAUAGAUAAAAAUUACAAUAAUCUGCCAAUAAUCGGGACGUAGCUGAAGGCUUGCACUGUGAUAAGUUUUAUUUUACGGUGAGGUGGACUGUCUGAUGUGCAUUUAAGUGAUAUAGUUAAAACUACAUCAUGCUUAUCAAAGAAUACCGUGUAACUCUUCCUCUAACAGUUGAAGAGUACCAAGUGGCGCAGUUGUAUUGCGUGGCAGAAGUAUCCAAAAAUGAAACCGGUGGGGGUGAGGGAAUAGAAGUUAUAAAGAAUGAACCAUUCAAAGACUAUCCACUGCUUGGUGGCAGGUUUUCCUCGGGCCAGUACACUUACAAGAUAUACCAUCUAGCGUCAAAAGUGCCAGCGUUUAUCAGACUGUUGGCACCCAAGGGUUCUUUGGAAGUGCACGAAGAGGCGUGGAAUGCGUAUCCAUACUGCAGGACCGUUCUAACGAACCCAGGCUACAUGAAAGAGAACUUCGUUAUUUGUAUAGAGUCACUACAUUUACCAGAUGUUGGUGAUCAGUACAACGUUCACGAACUACCGCCGGAGAAGCUUAAAAUCCGCGAAGUGGUGAACAUAGACAUAGCGAACGAUCCGUUGUCAGCCGCCGACUACAAGGCCGAGACUGACCCCACAAAGUUCAAGUCCGCGAAGACCGGCCGGGGACCGCUCGUCGGGCCCAACUGGAAGAACGAGGCCAAACCGGUCAUGACUUGCUACAAACUCGUCACCGCCGAAUUCAAGUGGUUCGGACUACAGAGUAAAGUAGAAAAUGUUAUCCAAAAAUCGGAACGGCGGUUGUUCACUAUAUUCCAUAGACAAGUAUUUUGUUCGAUGGACGAUUGGUUCGGUAUGACUAUGGCUGAUAUUCGCGCCAUUGAAGACCGCACUAAAGAGGAGCUCGAACGAUUGCGGCGCGAAGGCGAAGUGCGCGGUAUGCGCGCCGACAACGAGUAAACGCGCGUAGCACUAUGACAGAGUGUAGCAUAACGCGUGUAUACUACGUUCGUAGCACUGUGACAGCGUGUAGCACUGCGCGCGUACAUGCUAUCUGCGUAGCACGCUACACUGCUGUCUAGCGUGCUACGUACGGCAAGUAUGUAACGCACGAGUGCUUUUCGUCCACCGGGCGUAACACACAUACUAUACUUUUGCUUUGAAACCGUUUUGAAGUAUCAUUUUAGACGUAGUGAUGCUGUAAAAGCAUAAUUUUCGAGAAAUAGUAAGUGAGAUUAUUUAUUUAUUACCUUUUUGUUUGAAUUAUUUUGUUAUAAUAAGGAUUUGUAUUAUCAAUGUUCAAAAUUGUGCUAGAAAAAAAAUGAUUAAAAAAAAGCAUCCGCAUUAUAUAAUAUAAACGAUUACGAGAUAAUAACGUUCAUUCUAUAAUUAAUAAGAUUUUUUAAAGUUUACCAUCUUUAGCGAUAAAUAUGAGUACGUGUUGUACGCCCGAUUCGACAUUAUGACGCUCACGCGUUGUCCGAGCCUCAUAAGUCUUAGAAAUCUUACAUGGAUGAACACAGACCGGUAUUGCCACAAUUUUACUUUGUCAUAUAAAUUUGAACUUACGUAGUGACCACAAAAGACCGACUGCUGGCAGUCAUUGCUCAUUUAAUUCUAUAAAUCAUAAUAAUUUAGUUUUAAAUUUGUAACACUAAGUAAAAUUUUGCCAUUCUGUGUGUAUUAGGUCUAGUGUUGUGUCCGAUGGAGUGACAAUUUAUAUAGAUAUAUGAGGCGCGGGCGAAUUAUCUUUAGAAAAAAUUACGUCAUUGAAAUGUGGUAUAGAUAAUAUUUAAAUGAAUAACUAUAAGUCGAUGUAGUCAGUGGUUAAAAGGUAGUGUUGUCGUUACCUAAUUAAAAUAAUUCGAUACUUUUGACAACUACUCAUUAUUAUCAGCGUGAUUCUAUCUGAACACCAGCGGAUCUAUGCCUGAACUAUAAACAUUUCACUGUUCCAUAUUGUUCUGUUAGAUAAAUUAUCCUGCGUAGAGGCGGGCAGUUUUUGUCUGUUGUGCAUUUUAUUAUAAUAAUACAAUUAAGUAUUUUGGGCAAUGGUAACAUUUCAAGUACAGUGUUACUACAGUAAAUAAAUUAACGGUGCAAUAUAUUUUUAACGAUGGCAACCCGCAUAUUAUGGUUAGGUAGUUUGGGCUAUUGUGAAUGGGUGUUGCAAGGUGAAUGUGACUAACAUAUUUACGGUUGUUGUUCGAUUAUGUUGGGAUAUUGUGGAAAAACUAUUAAUAUUUAUAAUGGUAUUUGGUUCAAUUUGCAACGCCCACCAGGUGAUUUCAUUGUAUAUUUUAUAUAAAUAAUAAGUUUUGUUGUUCAACAAAUCAGUAUUUUAAUAUGUGUGACAUUCCAGAUUCUAUGCCGAUAGUGAAGUCGUUGAACGCUAUUCGAUCUUAUUUUCUAUUAUUGUAUUAUAGCUCUCUCGAGUUCCCCGUGCGUUAUGCGACGAUGCGUAAGAAUGAAAUCAAGUUUAUAUUAUACAUACUAUCAGUACAAUGUAUGUUAUAAAAUUAAGUUUUUUUUAACUCGAUACCUUAACCUGAAUAAUGAAGCGAGUCGUGUUAUUGAUGUUCCUCUAUGUUUCCUGUAUUGUACUAUUACGACCGUGUAAUAACGCUUACUCGCGUGUCGUUUGAUGCCUAUAGACGGUCCAAAAAUCCAUUUGUUGAUAAUAACUGAUUUGUUACUGCCAAUCCGUGUAUGGGAUAUUGGACAAAGAACUAUUUUUGCUUACUUAUGCACUUAUUUUUGUUUUUUUUUUAUGUUUUUUACUUAUGUUGUAAUAAGUUUUACAUCAAAUACAGCGUGAUAUAUAUAUUUGAGCUUAGUCUUUUAUUCUUAGUAGACAUUAUUGAAAUGUCGUAACCUGCUUUUAGCAUUGAUUAGUGCUUUUUUUAACUUAUUGAGCAAUCUGUGAAGGAGUACUUAAUAAAUUUGGAUAUUAGUUCACAAACCACAAUUAUUACAGUAUCAUUUUAAGAGGAAUUUUAGUGAAAAUAAUUCAUAAUUUUCCUUGACUUUAUUGUUUUUAUUGCACACGAAAUUGAAUUUUAUUACAUCGGACAUUCAACUGUAGACAGUGAACAUACAUUUUAUAAUAAUUUGACUGUAUAACACCUAUACACUUGAUAUUGUUAAAAAAAAAUUGUAGCAGUUACCAAAAUAAAAUUAAGUACACUCGUAGAAGUUUUUAAUUUUCUCGCAAACUACCUGCAGUUUUGUAUUUUUUUGUUUGUUUGGUACUUGAAUGGUUUCGAUUGCAUUUUUUUCUUUAUUAAAUUUAAUUCGCCAAUUUUGAAGUAAUCUAUUAUUCGGUAGUUUGUGUGUGUCAAUGGCACAUUAUGGUAUAUCGGUGAGAUCUACUAUAAAAUAGGUGAAUAGCGCUAAAAUUGUCAAUUUAAAAAAUGUUUAGCUAAUUAAAAGUUUGAACAGUUUCUGCAUUAAAAUGUAAGUAUAAUAUUAAUGUAAUAACAUUUGUUGUAAAAUGUACCUACUAUGAAUAAUUUGAGGCCAACAGAUAAUAAAUAAUAAAAAAAAAAUCUGUUAUGUUUUGUUUGGAUUGUAUUAUAGAUAUAAAUAAUAAUUUUAGCUAACUUACAAAUUAUCAUAAUAAAAUUAUAGCUUUUACUAUGUU